UUUUCUUUAUCAUACAUAAUUAUUCAGAGUAUGUAUGACGUAUUCAAGGAGAUAUUGUGAUGGUUUUACUGCAUGUAACAACUAAAAGAACAAAUUUGCCUAGAACUUUCAUGUGUACCCUGUGCCGUACCCUCUAGUUACGGUAACUCUCCACAUCCCACAUCAGGCCUUUGCUGGAAUUUGGACCCACAGUAUUGAAGACACGGUGCCACUGAAACUUCUUGAAUCUUUGCAACGAAAAUGGAGAAAAGCUCAGAGGAUUCCCAACAAUACCAAUCAGAUACCAACAAGAAUGGACAGUCACCUUGCUAUGUCCAACAGGCUCAGAGGAUUCCCAACAAUAGCAGUUAUCAGAUACCAACAAGAAUGGACAGUCACCUUGCUUUGUCCAACAGACUCCUCCAGAAGCAAGGAACUGCCAGUCCAGUACAUCACAGGAGGCAUUGCUAUUGGGCGGCAAAAAAAAUUCACCCUUCAGGAAGAUAUUUGACCACAGUCUGCAGAAGAUGUGUGAGUCAGGCCUGAUGAACAAGCUGAGGACCAAAUGGCUAUCAGCAGGAACCUCAACAUGUGGCAGGAAGACUAAAAAUCACAGCCAGCCUCUCUGAUGUGGCUGCAGUCUUCAUCCUCUUGAUGGGUGGUGCAGCAUUUAGCUGUCUGCUGCUGCUGCUGCUGCUGGAGUAUGUGGUGGGUAGUGAUGCAGGUGUGAAAUCAUGGCUUGUAUUCUGAAAUGCUCUGCUCUCUCACCAUGACCAUUUUCAGAGGCCACAUAGAUGGGUUCUCAAGGUUUCUCCUGUUGAUAAAUUUGAAAUCUUGUUAAUUUGGCAUUAGACCUGUAUAAGCACUCUUAACAUUUGUGUACCUUCAUCUAGAGGCUUUUGAAAGCAGUGGAGGUGAAAUUUAGAAGACCUAACACUUGAAAGCAACAAUGAUAACCUUCAGUUCUAUCUACCUAGUACAGUAUAUGGACCGGCUGACAAACCCACACAGGGAUGCCAAGGCAAAGCACAUAACAUACCUUAACGAUUGAAAGUCUAACAUAUCCUGCCAUGUACAUAAGAGCAUAAGGGAAGCUGCAAGACUACACUAGGCAGGCCCUCUAUAAAGCAUAUUUACCACACUUACAGGUACAACAUGCAAGACAGAGGUGGUGGAUGAUGAGUUCCUGGGGAUUGCUGACCCCAAUGAAGCACAGACAUAACAAGAGACGGGAGACCUGCACUGUUAAAGCCUUAAGCAUUCUAAUCACAUUCCAUGUAACUCUCUUCACUCUUAGAUCCCUUAUUGGGUAUUCUUAUGUAUAGUUGCUCGCAAAUAUGGAGUUUAGUUAUAA